UGCAUACAGUAAAUAACUUUAGUCAGUUAGUAGACAACACUGUAAAAUACAGUAUCAAAAUCAUGCUUCUUGAAAUCAUCUUGAUCCUCAUUGCACUGUGUCUGGUGUUUUACAGAUAUGUUACCAAGAACUUUGAUCGAUGGAAAGAUAUAGGGGUUCCAUUCAUUAAAGGAAGAUUUCCCUAUGGAAGCCAUGUAGAGCUGAUCAGUCAGUCCCGGCAAGUUAAUGAUCUAAUACGAGAGGACUAUGACAAGUUUAUUAAUGAAGAUUUGCAUGGAAGUUUUUUCUUCGGAAAGCCAAUUUUAACAAUCCACAAUAUGGAAAUGAUUAAGCAUGUCAUGGCCAAAGACUUCAACAGUUUUGUGGAUAGAAAUGAUACUAAUCUUAUCAAAUUGUUUGAUGGAGGGGAAUAUGAUCAGCUUUGGGCAAAACAGUUACCUAGUUUGCUUGGAGAUGAAUGGAAGGAUGUUAGAGCCACAUUCAGUCCUAUUUUUACCUCUGGAAAAAUGAAGGGCAUGGUCAAGUUUAUCAGAGAAGUUUGUGAAUCAUUGAACAUGGAGUUUGGGAAGUUUGCAGAGAGCGGAAAAGAUUUUGAGCUCAAGGAGGUUUUUGGAAAGUUUAGUCUUGAUUCCUUAGCUACUUGUGCUUUUGGAAUUAACCCACAGAGUUUUGAAGAUGAAUCAACAAUAUUUGUAAAAUAUGCAGCCAGAAUUUUUACAAUGACCUCUAUGGACAAUUUAAAAAUAUUCUCAAGAUUAAUUCCUUUCUGUGCAGAGCUUCAGAAAUUCCUUAAUCUCAAUGCACAUAAACCAAAGGAAACAAAGUUCUUUCGUGAUGUUAUUAGGCAAACAAUUCAGCAUAGAAGAGAAACAGGGGAAAGACCCAAUGACUUGAUUGAUCUAAUGAUAGACUGUAUGAAAACUUCUAAAGACUCUGAGGAAAAUAAUACAGAUGUGGUUGACCAAUAUGAAAAUGACAUGAAGCUAGAACAUAUUAAGAAAAAGUUGGAGUUUGAUGAAGACAUUAUUGUCUCUACUGCUCUCAUUCUGUUGGUAGCUGGAUAUGACACCACUGGAAUGACUCUAUCCUUUAUGGGAUACUAUCUCUCCAUGCAUCCAGAUAUACAAUCAAGACUUCAAGGUGAAAUAGAUCAGGCUUUUGAGAAGAAUGGUGGAAAUUUUCCUGAGUAUCAAGCUAUCCAAGAACUACCGUACCUGGAAAUGUGCAUAAUGGAAUCCCUAAGACUAAUGACUCCUAUUGGGGGUCUAAUCAGGGUAUGUACUAAAGACUACAAGUUCCCUAACACCCAUGUUGAAGUAAAAAAAAAUGAUGUUGUUUUGAUACCAGCGUCCGGAAUUCACCGAGAUGGAAAAUACUAUCCAAACCCAAACCAGUUCAAUCCAGAAAACUUUUCUAAGGAAGCCAAGCAGUCUAGAAGUCCUUAUGCAUUCUUGGGAUUUGGUCAAGGUCCUCGAGCUUGCAUAGGAAUGAGGUUCGCACUUCUGGAAGCCAAGGUGGCAAUGAUGAUGGUUCUCUCAAAUUACACAUUUGUCUACAGUCAAAAGAAUCCAGACAAACAUGUUAUUGAUCCUCAUAGCCAGCUGGGAUAUGUGAAAGGAGGUCUCUUUUCGAAAAUCCGGAAGAGGAAUUAGAGGAAAGUCAAAUCAUUCU